UCAGUGUGUGAAACGUAGACGGGCUUUUUUUCCUUCACGGAAGAGAGUAAAGGAUAGGUGACCAAAUCCACGGACACACCGUCAGACAGGGAAGAGAGAGACCGGGACGACUUCACCGCAAUAACGCGGCUGUGGGUGUGAAAACCCCCGCAGAUGUGCAGCGGGUUUGCGGGCAGCGGGACGGAGCUGUGACCGACAGAAAUGGGACUGUGGUUCCGCUCCUGAUAGGACCUCAGCAGCAGCAGCAGCAGCGGCGGCGGCGGCGGUGGUGGUGGUGGUGGUGGUGGGAACCCGGCCGAUCUGCGGACGUGAGGGAGGACAGCCCGGGCUCAGACAUGGCCCACGUAGGCAACGGAGCGGCCGCCGAGGAGGAGGACUGCUUUGAAGAUGCCUUCGACCGGAUACCUGCGGCAUGUCAGAUGGACCUGCAGACAGCCAUCCAGGAGACUCAGUGUGCUCUCAAUCUGGUCCUCAACAACAAGUUCUCUGAAGCCCUGGACCUCCUCAAACCAUGGUGGAAGGACAGUAUGUACCAUGCGUUGGGUUACAGCAGCAUCUUGGUGAUGCAGGCAACCAUGACCUUCGAACAUAGAGACAUCCAGACUGCCAUGGCAACCAUCAAGGAGGCGUUACACACCUGUCAGAGAUUCAGGAAGAAGAACUCGGUAGUCGGAUCUCUGUCUAGUCUGAUCAGCAAGCAAUCCAAUUUACAAGAAGAGGAGAUGCAUGCAGAGAUCUGCUAUGCCGAGUGUCUGCUGCAGAAAGCCACGCUGACAUUUGUGCAGGAUGAGAACAUGAUCAGUUUUAUCAAAGGAGGCAUCAAGAUUCGAACCAGCUACCAAAUCUACAAGGAUUGUCAAAAUGUGCUGAAUGUUGCCCAGGAUGCAGCCAACCAGUCUGAUUCGUUCAGACAGUUUGAGGGCGGGGUCAAGCUGGGCAUUGGAUCCUUCAACCUGAUGUUGUCUCUCCUCCCUCAGAGGAUUUUGAGGCUGUUGGAGUUUAUAGGAUUCUCAGGAAACAGGGGGUUUGGUUUGUCUCAGCUGAGAGAGGGAGCAUCCAGUCACAGUUUGCGGUCAAUCCUCUGUGCCCUGACUCUGCUCUUCUACCACACAUACGUUUCACUGAUACUGGGAACUGGGGAGGGGAACCUGGUAGAGGCUGAAGCUCUGCUGGAGCCGUACCAACAGAAAUACCCAAAAGGCUCAAUCAUUCUCUUCUACUCUGCUCGUAUCGCCACACUGCGAGGAAACUUUGAGAAGGCUCGGGCCAGGUACGAGGAGUGUAUCAGCAGCCAGCAGGAGUGGAAGCAGAUCCACCACCUUUGUUACUGGGAGCUGAUGUGGACUCACUCCUACCAGCAGCAGUGGCAGCAGGCGUACCGCUACGCAGACCUGCUGUGCAAGGAGAGCCGCUGGUCCAAGGCUAUCUAUGUGUACCAGAAGGCAGCCAUCCUCAGUAUGAUGUCAGAGGAGGAGGUGAAGAAGACUGGGGAGGACAUCAUGGAGCUCUUCAGGCAGGUGGAGGGGCUGAAACAGCGCCUGGCGGGGAAAUCGAUCCCAACGGAGAAAUUUGCAGUGAGGAAGUCCAGACGCUACAAAGCUGCUAACCCCAUCCCCCUGGUCAUCCCCGCACUGGAGAUGAUGUAUGUUUGGAACGGUUUCACCAUAGUAGGGAAGAGAUCCGACUGUACCGAGUCCCUGCUGGUUACCAUAGAGACGGCUGAGGAGCAGCUUCGCAACGACCCCAACCCGUCAGAGUUUCAUCCAGAUGACAGCUGUCUGGUCCAGAUGUUGAAGGGACUCUGUCUAAAACACCUGGGCAGGUUACUUCAGGCUGAGCUCUGCUUCACACAGGUCCUGUCCAGUGAAAGUCGUAUAAAAUACGAUCACUACUUGAUUCCUUUCACACUGUAUGAGUUGGGUCUGCUGUAUAAACAACAGGGAGACCUCACCAAGGCCACUACAUACAUCGAAAAUGCCAAGACAAACUACAAGGAUUACUCCAUGGAGUCCAGACUGCACUUCAGGAUCCACGCGGCCCUCAACAGCCUCAAAGGAUCACCUGCGGGCACCCCAUAAUAGUCGAAACAACUCAAAAAACUGCAGCUGGAAACAACAGUGUACGAUCCGAAUCCAGGGAUUCCCUGAUGAUUGAAGAAACUUAGAUUUGUUGGGGUUCUGAGAUCACAGUCCCAUCUGGACUUUCUUUUUCAGUUUAGCCGAGCAACCUUUUAUUUUAUUUCCUUUUUCCUUAUUUAUUUUUGCAAUAGUGUUGACAGAUGAGAUUAUUUAAACUUGUACCUCUUCUUAAACAACCACGGGCUUCCCAUUAGCAGCUGGGUGUCAUGGUUCAAUUGAUGCCAAAUGUCAAUUAUGUCAAUUCAAUCAGCAAACCAAUAGAUCACAACGGCUCCUUUAUUGUCAGUAUGAGGACAGUCUCAGUCUAGGGGCUUGUUCACUCAGAGAUCUUGCAUAAGAGAAACGAUUUUGACAAUUUUUGGCAACUUCUUGUGUUCAGGUAGAGUGAGAAAGUACUGGGAAGCAGCUGCAAUUUUCUGAUAUAAAGAUUAAGUUAGAUAAGGUUUAACCCUUUGAAAAAAAAACGCAGCUUGGAACACCAAGACAAGACAUUUGGAGAAAUCAAUCAGUUUUCCAAACUUUGAUUGCAGUCGGUCGCUUCGUUUCACCUCUUGCAGUGCGAUUCUCCGUCUGAAAAGGCCCAAAAAUAUAGAAGCUUAUUGAUCUUGGAUCACAUCUAAUGAUUAAAACUCUAAAUAACAAAUUACCACAACAAAAUCAUGAAGGUGUACAUCGUCAAAUAAUGAAUACUUAAAGCAAAUACAUGUCAAAUUCAACCAUCAAAUGAUAAAUAUUAAUAUAUAAUAAUGAAAAGUUGAUCAAUUAACAAUAACAGUUGCAAUUAAUGAAAAGCUGCUAACCAGCCACCCAUCAAAUAAUGAAUAAAAAGGUUAAAUAAUAAAAAGUGAGUCAUCAAAUAAGUCUAAAAAGUAAGAAAUUAAGUUAAAUUCAAGUCCAUCCUGGUUUAUUUUAAGCUCUAUGUCCAGCUUUCACCACUAGAUGUCGCAAUUUUACUAUAUUUUUACUUUUACUGUUGGAUUACAGCAAUAAAUCAUCACAUCUAAUGAUUAAAACUCUUCAAAAAAGAACAACAACCACAACAAAUGAUGAACCUCUGUAUCAUCAAACAAUGAGUAUUCAAAGCAAGUAAAUGUGAAAUUCAACAUCAAACAAUAAAUAUCCGACGAAUGUGGCAGCAAUAAAUAAUGAAGGUCGACGUCAAAUAAUGAAAUUGCAACAUAGACCUUAAGAUAAUAAAGAAUGUGGUUGUAUUUAAUACGUGUGGAAGUUAUUUUUAUGGGCUUCGUCUUAUGUAACGACUAACUUUUUAUUAUUCUACCUCUGUAUUCAUUAUUUGAUCGAUGGCCAUUCGUUGUUUGACGUUUCUAUUUGUAGCGACCGGCUUUUUAUUAUUAGAUAUGGAUAUUUAUUAUUUGAUGGUUGGAUUUUCUGUAUUUGUUGUGGUAACUUGUUAUUUGAGGAGUUUUAAUAAUUAGACAAAAUGAUUCAUUGCUGUAAUCUGACAUCAAAAAGCUUCCAUACUAAAAUCUAAUCUUUACUGUUUGCAAAACUGACACCUAUUACCUACUACUAACACAUCCUGGUCUUAAACUAACAACUCAUGGUAUAAUGUUUGCUUCCAAAAGAAAAAAUAUAUAUAUAUAUAUAUGUAGGAUAGACUCAUGAAUACUGAUGUUGCAACGUGUACUGAUUAAACUCUGAUGAGUAUAUUCAUGUUAACAGCAGGGAGAGCAGUGUGUUCAAACACACAGUAUAUACAUACGCUUUAUAUUUUUCUUUACUUUGCCUUUUUUGAUUUCUUAAUAAUAACGUGCACUCCACAUGUACACGUGGUACACAAACGUGUCUGUGCACACGCAAACACAGCCUUGUCACCGACCGUGGCUUAAACACAAACACACACACACACACAUACAAAACACGGUACACUCAUUCCAAGCUUGCACGUACUGGGCAAUAUGCACAUUAAAAAGAGAAACACUCAAACAGCUGUAAACGCACACAUUUAGCAGCAAUAUAAAAAGAAUUUUUGCUGUUAUUAAGUCAAUCAACUUCUCAGUCAUUCUGUUGCUCAAUGUGUGUCCAUGUUUGUAGUUUUAUCUGUAGUUCUCUCUCAGAGGCAGAGCUGGGUUUUUUUUAAAAUUUCAAUUAAACCUGCAAUAAUUGAUUUAUUUGUCCACAUGUUUUCAGCAGAAACAAAUAAUGAACACAACUCUGAACUAUCAUCAGCUUUUAAGUUGAUAUGUUGAACUUAUUUCCACAUCCAGCAGUUACGGAGAAACAUUAUCAU